AUGGAUGUCUUGCCACCAGCCGUCCUGAACUUAAGAAGGCAAUCCUCGGAAGCUCUGGGUUUGCUCAAGAACUCAUUCAAAUACGACCCGAACCCGAAAGUUGCCCUUGCGCAAAUAGGCGACUGGUUUGCAAGUAGCACAUUCGACGGAAUAACGUAUGGCGUUCCUCGGGCGAAGGUCGUUGAAGCCGGAGACAAAGAGAAGGUUGUCAUGGGCCGCACGGCGGCCAACGGCGGUGUGUUGGUUAUUUCGCCGGGUAGAGAAGUUGUGGCAUCGGAGACGAAGAAGCCGGUCCGAGAGGCGAGGCGGGAGGAGGUGCGUCGUCAGUCCCUUGGAGGAGAGCCGUCUUUGCAGGGGUCACUGCCGUAUGAGAGUCCACGCAGCCCUGUGCAGGACUUUGGUCCGGGUCCCGGUCGGCGUAGCAUUGUGCAGGAUGAACAUGUGGUUAAGCGAAAGAGCUUCACGGUGAAUGUAGACCGUAGUCGACGGUGUUCUGCACAGCAGCGGGCGCCGGAAGGGACCACUGGGUGUUUGUUGCAGCUCGUGAGCCGGCGAUUGCAGAACUUGCAGCCCUCCGAGGUGCUGGAUGUGGACGUGUCUGCCGAGAUGCUAGUUAUCCGCAACAAGCGGCAGAGUUCCUCCCGUUCUAUACCCUUGCUGAAGAACGAGCCUGGGGCGAAGCUGACAGCCGUUUCCAGCAUUUGGACCGACGAGUUACAGCGGUAUUGUAUAGCCAUCGUCACCACCUCCUCCGCAGACGGGGCAUGCGCGGACAGGGAUUGCGGGGGAGACCGAAGGGGGGAGGAACAGACGCUGUGGGUCAUAGAUGUAGCCCGAGCGCUGCUGCUGGGUCGCUGGGUGCGCCCGAUGUUUCGGCAUUACUGCACCCGAGUAUCCUAUGCCUCUGAAGGAGCAGUGGCACUCUUGGCUGCGGACCAUUCCAGUCUUGAAAUCGUCCUGCUGCCGGAGACCGAGACCACAACGCGGAUGCGACUCUUGGCGCUGGCGAAGCUGACUUUGCCCAUCUCGAGCCUGGACACCUUUACGGUCUCUUACCGCGCACCGGCUGCCCUCGCCGUGUGCGUCAUCAACGAAGGCAGUGCAGCCACCAUGGUCGGCGAGAUUCAGGCAAAUCCGGAAAUUACGGGAACUCUGGAAAGCGCGCGAGUGUCUUGGUACAGUGGACCGCUUCCCUACUUGGAUGUGAGGGACGCUGGCGGCCUCAACACAGAGCAGCUUCGCGCCAUACUCACCGUCGCCAUCGGCUUCGACGACCAGAACAUGUACUGCCACGUACUCACGUCCUGGUUCCAGCAAAGCACGCCCACCGAAAAAUUGGACCUGCUCCAGAACGACCUACUUGAGUCACUCAAAGCCCAACAACAACAGGGCAACAUGGCCGAUGCUCCAGCCAUACACAGACACAUUCCGGGUCGAUGGCGAGUUGACCUGAUUGGGAUGACAUGGCCGUCUGUCCUCUUCGAUGUUGUUUACGACGACCGUCAUGCCGCACAGCCCCUGGUCAAGAAAAUCUUUACGCUCUCCACAAGAGGCGACGCUGACGUCGCCACCGAGCGCGAACUUGCGGAGGCGUGCGACGCCUAUUCAGCACACCAGGCGGCCGACCAACUUGGCGACGCGAUUGUUAUGGCAGCCCUUGAACUGCACGCGCACGUGACAAAAAAUCAGUAA